AUGUCGAUGCAACCUGUCCUGAAAGCUUCGGAUAUCUCGCCUGAGUUGAAAAAUGACAUAUUCGCCAUUAGCCUAAAAGCUGUUCAAGAGUUCUCUUUAGAAAGAGAAAUAGCAGGGGUCGUGAAAAAAGAACUUGACGUCAAGCACGGUAGUACAUGGCAUGUUAUAGUAGGGAGAAGUUUUGGAAGCUACGUGACUCAUGAAAAAGGCCACUUCAUGUAUUAUUACAUUGGCCAAUUGGCGUUCUUAGUAUUUAAAACUGCUUAG